AUGAACGACGUCUCUGUCAUGAUGUCCCCAGAGGUGGCUGCGACCGACCUCACUGCCUCGGUAGAGUCCUUUCGCGGGGGUGUGGUGAGCCCAGUGUGCGGCCCUGCUUUUUCUACUCCGCACAUGCAGUACCAAGAGCGACGGGAUCAUGUAUGCUCAUUUCCGCGAGAAGACACGGAGGAUAGCCUCCCUUUGCCAGCGUUGCCGCCGCUGCCCACCGCAAUGAUGUCACCUGCAACGCCUCACGUGACACGAUUGGCAGACUUCUCAGCGAAACUGCAUCGAAUUCCAGAUAACACGACGACAGAGGAUAUACAUCAGCUCUUGCUUAGACAGCCGCCCCGUCAGCCCGCAGAGAAACAGUCGUUAAGAUUGUCUUUCAACCCCGAAUGUGCCCAGCCGAUGCAGCGCAAUUGUAAGGAGGGUAUGCACGGAUUCUCGAGAGGCGGAAACUGCUUUGUGGGCGAUGCAAAUAUUGGUAAGGUGCAGGAGUCCAUUGUGCUGGAGGAUAAUGAUGCACCUUCCAUCCUGCUUCAUUUAAAGUGUAGUAAAUGUGCCUCAGAUGAGCGAAUCCUUAUUGCUAUGAACACAUCGUCAGUGUUGUACUGUCCGUUCUGUGGUUUUCCUCAACGCUAA